AUGGCGACGACGAACGGUGACAAUGGAGCUAAGCACAACAAGAACGACGCCCCCAUCCCCGCAGCCAGUCAACAACCCACCGUCUGCGUCUUUUGCGGAGCCCGCGAAGGCACAUCCCCCGCCCAUCUAGCCGCCGCCCGCGCCCUCGCCCAGGCCCUCCACCGCAACAAGAUACACCUGGUCUACGGCGGCGGCACAGUAGGAAUCAUGGGCGAAGUAGCCAAAACCCUCGUCUCCCUCUCCGGCCCUUCGGCAGUACACGGUAUCAUCCCCAAGGCACUACUGAAAUUCGAACGGAAUUAUCAGGAGAAUGGUGCCGCGGCGGGUGAUCCACAGAAGACGAUCGAUGAGAAGACUUAUGGGAGGACGACGGUGGUGAAGGAUAUGCAUACGCGGAAACAGAUGAUGGCGCAGGAGGUCAUUGCUGGUGGGGCUGGAGGCGGGUUCGUAGCGCUUUCGGGGGGGUAUGGGACGCUGGAGGAGCUGAUGGAGGUUGUUACUUGGAAUCAGCUGGGUAUUCAUGGGUUUCCAGUUGUGGUAUUUAAUGUGGACGGAUACUGGACGGACUUGCUGAAGUGGGUGAACAAUGCUGUGAAAGCGGGAUUCAUAGCGGAGAAUAAUGAGGGGAUUAUGGUUGAGGCGAGGACGGGAGAUCAAGUGGUCGAGCGAUUAAAAGAUUAUCGGAAUGCGGAGGGUAGGUUUAUGCUGCAGUGGGGCGAGAAGUGA